AUGAGCAGACAAGCCUGCAAGAAAUCCUUCAGUUGUGGGAGCCAGGGCUUCUCUGGCCGCUCAGCUGUCAUGUCUGGUGGCAGCAGGAUGAGCUGUGUGGCCCGAACUGGUGGAGGGGCUUGUGGGUUCCGGAGUGGAGCAGGUGGCUUUGGCAGUCACAGCCUCUAUAACCUGGGUGGCCACAAGAGUACCUCUAUCAGUGUGGCAGCUGGUGGCACCCGGGCUGGUGGCUUCAGUGGAGGGCGCAGCAGCUGUGGUGGUGGCUUUAGGGCUGGCUAUGGAGGCAGCUUUGGCGGUAGCAGAGGAAUGGGAAGUGGCUUCGGUGGAGCUGGUAGCUUUGGAGGGGCUGGUGGUUUCAGCGGCUUUGCUGGCUUUGGUGGCUUUGGUGGGCCUGGUGGUUUUGGCCCUGAUUCCUUCCCUGGAGGAAUCCAGGAAGUGACUGUCAAUCAGAGCCUCCUACAGCCCCUCAAUGUGGAGAUCGACCCCCAGAUUGGGCAAGUAAAGGCCCAGGAGCGUGAGCAGAUCAAGACUCUCAACAACAAAUUUGCCUCCUUCAUCGACAAGGUGCGCUUCCUGGAGCAGCAGAACAAGGUCCUGGAGACCAAGUGGGAGCUGCUCCAGCAGCACACGGUGGGCUCCGGCUCUGCCCCCCGCAGCCUGGAGCCUUUCUUUGAAUCUUACAUCAGCUUCCUGCACAAGCAGCUGGACUCACUUCUGGGGGAGAGAGGGAAUCUGGAGGGAGAGUUAAAGAACAUGCAGGACCUGGUGGAAGACUUCAAAAAGAAGUAUGAAGAUGAGGUCAACAAGCGCACUGUGGCAGAGAACGAGUUCGUGGGGCUCAAGAAGAAUGUGGAUGCUACUUACAUGAACAAGGUGGAGCUGCAGGCUAAGGUGGACAGCCUGACAGAUGAAGUGAACUUCCUGAGGACCCUCUAUGACAUGGAGCUGUCUCAGGUGCAGAGCCAUGUCAGUGACACAUCUGUGGUUCUGUCCAUGGACAACAACCGUGACCUGGACCUGGACAGCAUCAUUGCUGAGGUCCGUGCCCAGUACGAGGAAAUCGCUCAGAGAAGCAAGGCUGAGGCUGAGGCGCUGUACCAGACCAAGCUUGGAGAGCUGCAGACCACAGCCGGCAGACAUGGGGAUGACCUGAGGAGCACCAAGAGCGAGAUCAUGGAGCUCAACAGGAUGGUCCAGAGGCUGCGGGCAGAGAUUGAGAAUGUCAAGAAGCAGAAUGCCAACCUACAGACAUCCAUCACAGAAGCUGAGCAGCGUGGGGAGAUGGCCUUCAAGGAUGCCAAUGCCAAGCUCCAAGACUUGCAGGCUGCACUACAGAAGGCCAAGGAUGACCUGGCCAGGACGCUGCGUGACUACCAGGAGCUGAUGAAUGUCAAGCUGGCCCUGGACGUGGAAAUUGCCACCUACCGCAAGCUGCUGGAGGGUGAGGAGUGCAGGAUGUCUGGAGAGUGUCAGAAUGCUGUGAGCAUUUCUGUGCUCAACAAUGUCACCUGCACCAGCAGUAGCUCUGGCAGCAGCCUUGGAGCCUUCAGAGGGGUCAAUGGCAGCGGCAGCAGCAGCAGCAGUGGCUCCAGAGGCAGCAGUGGCAACAGCUACAGAGAAGGCAGCAGCGGCAGUGGCAGCGAGGGCAGGGGCAGCAACAGGGUCCACCAGAGUCCUAGCAGUGGGAACAGACUGGGAAGUGGAGGCAGCACCUCUGUGAGCCAGAGUGGAAUAGGCUUCAGCUCUGGUGUCACCCAGAACUCAGUAGGUAGUGGCUACAAAUCUGGCAAUGGAGGUAGCGUUGGUGUCCGCUUCUCUCAGACCACCACCUCCAGCCAGCAAUGCUCCAAGUGAUCCUCCAGCCAAGUCUCCAUGCCCACCAGCUUCUGUCUGCAACUGCACUUUCCAAUAUCUGCUUGGCAUCAACAGGUGCACACGGCUCAACUACUGUUUUCCUCAAGUCUCCUGGAGAAGGACUGACCUCUUGGUUCCUCCAUCCAUAGGUCCUCUCCUAGGCCAGGGAGGUCUAGUUAUUAGUCUGGGAUAAUGAUGUCCCUGAAGCAUCCCCUGCAGUGGCCUCUGACUUUGGGGGCCCAAGGACCACCUCUUUCUCAUUGGGAGUUCAUGGUCAAAAGCUAGCAUGACGUGGCACUACUUGGGUGGGCAGUCAGUGCUGGAGGGGGAAGGUCAAGAUCCCUAGGCUGGGGGCUGGGGAUUUAGUUCAGCAGCACAGCACCUGCCUUGCAAGUACAGGUCAUGAGUUCAAUUCUCGGUACCAGAAAACAAACAAACAAACAAACAAACAAACAAAGAUCCCUAGGCUGUGGUUCUCGGAACCCUCCCUGUAUCUAGGCAUCAUGUCCUGAGACUCACUUUUGUCCUUUUA